UAAAUUUCAAUACUGACUCCAAUAAAAUUUCAUUCGAUAAUGUCAAGUGCAGACAUAAUGGAAUCUCGUAUGGGACAAUAUGGAAUUGCUAUUUGCAUGCAUCAUUAAAUGAUCUAAAGACGACAUUAAUCGCCUUUAACAGCUGUACAGAAAUAUGACUUCCAAAAUUGGCAAGCAAUGGGAAAAGUAGUAGGUGAUCGUUCUGAUUAUCAAUGCUUUAUACAAAACAAAGUACAUGUCCGCUAUUACUUACGGAAUCGUUACGAAAAGUGGGAGAAAAAGCAUGAUACUAAAUUGAUUGUGUUAGUAAAUAAAAACACUACCAAUAAUAUUACUGAUUGGACUGCAGUAACAACCUACAUGUUAUAGGUUUAGACCCAGAAAUGUUGUUAUAACGCGUUAAACAGUAGACUAAAGCCAAAGAUAAAUCAUAGUUGAUCCAUUUUCAUCAGAAGAAGAUCUUAAACUCAUGGGUAUAUGAAGAAACUCAUGAGAAUGAAGAAAUAUGGAGAGAAAUUGAAAGUUAUACGAGUACGUCUUCAUAUGUCGCAUGACACGACAUUACAGUUAUGCACUCGUUGUCUUAAUGCUUAUGAUUCAAAAACUAUUUGGACAAUUGAAGAUGACAUAAAACUAGUAGAUUUUGUCUUAGAACAUGAAACAUCGAAUUGGUUGCAAUUUACAGAAAUAAUUGGCAACCAUAUACGAACCAGUUGCUGUACAUGUAUCAUGACAAUCGAAAAAUACGCAGCCAAGAAUAAAAAUGCAAUGCUUAAAGAUGUACCACGUCAUAAGGUUUUAGAACGGGGUAAUUUAGUAGAAACUAAACAGUCCAGUAAAUUAAAAUACCAGUCAGUAAAACCUUAAACCUAAGAGAAAAAGAUUAACAUCCAUAUCGAUAAAAAGCUGAACGGAAGAAGAGGAAGAGAAAGAAAAAGAAGACGAUAAAAACUGUAAAACAUUUUGGUCAAUGAAAUUGGAUUAUAAAGAGCCUCGUUUAAAGACACCAGUAAAAACUACAACUAAUAAACUACCCAAAAGUAUGGAAAUAUUGCCGUAUUAUUUAGAUCUGCCUAGUACUAGUGAAAGCAUUAGGAACAGUGAUUUUCAGCAAAUAACAAUAUUAAAAUGGAAAAGAG